CUGAGCCACGUCAUCCGCAGUAUGGCGGCGCCGGGCAGCAGCGUCCUGUGCCUCUUCGAUGUGGAUGGGACCCUGACCGCCCCCAGGCAGGAGUAACUUUGUCUCAGUAAAUAAUGGCUGGCUGGCUGGAAUGAGAGUUAGCUGACUGAAGCUCAAUGAAUUGAGAAUGGAGAUAAUGCCAAAAAUCACAGCAGAAAUGGCAGAAUUUCUGCAGAAGCUGCGGAAGAAGGUGAGAGUUGGACUUGUAGGUGGUUCAGACUUGGACAAAAUUCAAGAGCAGCUGGGAGACGAUGUGGUUGAAAAAUUUGACUACGUCUUUCCGGAAAAUGGUCUCGUGUCAUACAAAGAUGGGGAAUUUUUGUGCAAGCAGAGCAUUCAAAGUCAUCUGGGUGAGGACCUGCUCCAAGAUCUAAUCAACUAUUGUCUGAGUUACAUUGCAAAGAUUAAACUGCCAAAGAAAAGGGGUACUUUUAUUGAGUUCCGAAAUGGGAUGCUGAAUGUCUGCCCUGUUGGGAGAAGCUGCAGCCAGGAAGAGCGAAUUGAGUUCUAUGAAUUUGAUAAAAGGGAACAUAUAAGAGAGAAAUUUGUAGCUGAUUUACAAAGAGAAUUUGCAGGAAAAGGCCUCACAUUUUCUAUAGGGGGGCAGAUAAGCUUUGAUGUAUUUCCAAAUGGUUGGGAUAAGAGAUACUGCUUAGGAAUUGCUGGCAACGAUGGAUACAAGACUGUCUAUUUCUUUGGAGAUAAAACCAUGCCAGGUGGAAAUGAUUAUGAAAUCUACACAGACUCCCGAACAGUAGGCCACAGUGUUACAUCACCAGAGGACACAAGAAGAAUCUGUGAAGAGCUCUUUUUUAAAUAAAUGACUUUGCUUUCCUUUAGAUUUGACAGCAGCCAAACACUGAGUUGAAGAAGAAAUACCAAUCCCUUCAAACAUGAAAUAUUUCACUUCUUUCCAGUGGUGUUCUUUCAUAAUGGUUCACAAACAGUAAAUGUCCUGUUAGUCAUAUGUUACUAGGGAGAAUUCAAUGUUGAUUUGUCAAGCAUAGCAACAUUUGUUUAGGAACAACUCUUUCAUAUUUUUAAUUCAGUUAUGUACUGAUGUCUUUUUAAAAAUGAAUUAUCUAACUAGGAUAUGUAGGUUCAGCUGUUUUUUCUCUGAAGUGGUACAUUGGGAAACAUAAUUGAAAACUCCUAGAUGUUUUUGGAUCAAAUUUACACGACCUGAUUUAACUCCUCAUAGGCUAAAAUUAAAAUUUCACUGGCUUAUUUGAUUCCUAGAAAUGUAUGUUUUGGAUUUAGAUUUAGUGGACGAAGGGAGAAAUGACACCAUUAAGCUAAUGUGCUUUCAAAAUAGGUGUAAUAAACAGAGAGAGAGACUUGUCACCUUGUUUUACCUGAAAGACUGGAGAACCAAUCAGUUCCAUUUCCUCCUUGUAAUGCCAUAAACAAACAUCUCUUCCCUUGGCAUUUAAACCAAAUAUUUUUCCUCCAACCUGUUUGAGCUAAAGGUCCACCACAGCUCCCAUCGUCCUCUACGGAGAACUGCAGCAAAAUUACUGACGCUUAGAUGUGGAUUAAAUAAACCGUCACAUGUACAAGGAACAGAAAGGCCCAGCAGCCUUAUACCUGUAUAAAUUACCUUUAAAAUGUCUUGCCCUUCACUGUGUUUUCCUUGCAAAGUGUAAUGGUCACAUCUAUUACUGCAGUGUAGGAUAAUUAAAUAACUUGUCAGAACAUUAA